AUGGAUCAUAGAAACGUGUAUGCUAUACCAGAACUAGACCCAACUGACAACGACGUCGACAAUGUGGCUGACCAACAACCGUUUCAAAUACAAGGAGUGUCUUCAAUCGAAAUACCGAUUCAGUCAAUUACAAUUGACCUCGGUGAUCUUCCGCGAUACGAUGUUGCAGUGGGCCCGAGCAACGACGAUGAUGUAGUUAUAGAGGAGGCGGAGGAGGAGGAGGAGAAAGACGAUUGGGAGACCGAAAGUGAUGAUAGCGACGAUAACGAAAGUUAUUAUAGUUCAGAUGAUGAAUGA